AAACCCAAAAGACUAAAGAAAAGGGACAAUGAGCUGGACACACACACACACACAUCGGAGGAGAUAAGCUAUCUUCGUCUCAGUUACUAAGAGAACUCUUGAGGGGAGCAUUGUGCAGCUACUGAUCUCUCAGUGAAGGAACAGACGCAGCAUGCACACACUCUCUCUCCUCCUCAUCCUCCACCUUCUGAAGCCAGGCGUGUGUGAGUCCUGUUCCCUGGUGGUCAGUCCUGCUGGGCUGGUGGUGAAGUAUGGAGCCCCUGCUUCGGCCAACUGCACCUCCGAUACGGUCACCUCUAUGGGCUGGGAGCCGAGCCUAGGAGAAUCUCAGCUCUUUGGCACUGAGGUGAAAGAGCUGACUUGGAGAGUAGACAGCCUGACUGACUGGAAUAUAAAGCCUCAAUGCUUUGAGAUCUCUGAGGUGGGAGGCCAUUGUGCCAGAGGGCUGAAAGUUACUGUUUACAAGCUUCCAGACAGAGUCUCCAUCAGAUAUUUAAACCACUCUGGUCCCGUGGUUGAGGGGCAUCAGUACUCUCUGCAUUGUCUUGUCCAGAACAUCGCUCCUAUUGAGCACCUCAGAGUGACCUUCUUCAAAGUCUCUACCAAUGGUGAACAGACAGUGUUAUACACACAACCACUGAACAACGACAUUCACCAAUUGAACAAUGACAUGAGGCGACCGGUGAACGAGAGCUAUUCCCUGCAGUUCUCCCCCACUAGUGUUGACGACGGGGCCCAGUGGUUUUGUUCAGCCAUGUUGGAUCUGGGACCAGAGGGACCCCGACCUCCUGCUGUGAUGGAAUCAGACCGUCUCAACACCACUGUGCACUUCGCUCCUGAGUUCUCCUGUUCUGCCAAGCUAGAGGUGCGAGCGGGGGAGGGGCUAACUUGUGAUGUCAGAGGCAAUCCCCUCCCAUCGGUCAUCUGGCUGAGAGACGGACAGGUACUGACCCCGCCCACACACCUGAGCAGAGAGGAUGCUGGGAAAUACACCCUCAUGGCUUUGAACCGUAUCGGAAGAGCCAAUCACACAGUGGAGGUGGAGGUCCUACAUGGCCGUGCUGCUAGAGGAUCUUCCUGUCAGGCUGCUGGGAGUGCCACGGUGGCUGUGCUGCUCCACCAGCUCAUUCAUUGGCUAUAUUGAAUGAUUAUUUUAUUGAUUGAACGGUUGAGUUAUUCAUUGACCAAUCAGGACACCGAUCUCUGUGCUGGAGCUUUGUGAUUUGACAGUGAUCUGUGAGGUCAGUCUUCAAUAGAUCUGGAAUCAGAGUUAGUAGAAAACCCUUUUUGCCUAAAUGUGAAAUGAGCUGUUUUGAAAUGUGUUAUUUUGAAGUAGUGCUAUUGAACAGGUCUGUAGUUAAGCAAUAAGGCCCGAGGGGGUGUGGUAUAUGUCCAAUAUACCACGGCUAUGGGCUGUUCUUAUGCACGACACAACGGUAUAAAUGUUUAUUUCAAAUCCUAACCUUAAAUGUUUAUUACUAUUAAACUAUAUAAAUGUUUCGGCCUAAUCCUAACCUUAAAUGUUUAUUACUAAUAAACUAUAGAAAUGUUUCGGCCUAAUCCUAAUCCUAACCCUAAUCCUAAUCCUAACCCUAAUCCUAACCCUAAUCCUAACCCAGUCUCUAGCAACAGAUCUGCCAUAAUCCUUAUUGCAAUGUGUUUGUUGUCUAUGUCUUUUGAGACGAAUAAAAGUUGACCCAUAAACUGUCA